AUGAGUAUUCUUCAUUACCUUAUUUCCCUUGAGGUCGAGAAGGUCACCCUUGAGACUGCCACUCCAGUUGAGACCUAUGCCCUUUCCAAAGAUGUGUCUGCUGUGAAUGAGGCUUCUUUAGAGCUGGUGAGCGAGAGGAAGAGGAAAAGUGCUUAUAAAAAAAUGAAGGGAGACUAUUGUCCCCUACAUGUUCACGUUGUCAAAAGGGAGACUAUUGUCCCCUACAUGUUCACGUUGUCAACAGAAUGUGACUCUGGAGCUCUGGCCCCGUCUCCUGGACUGCUGCUGCUGCUCACUGUGCAAGCGGAGUCAGACUCAGAGGUCUGGAAUAUCUGUUCCGUGACUUGUAGAGAGAGAGAGAGAGAGAGAGAGAGGAGAGGAGGGGAAAGAAAAGAGGAGGGGGGCUCAAGAGGAGAGGAGUGUAAUAAGAAACCAGUCCACCCUUCUCUCUCUCAAUCUUCUCAACCUCUCUCCUUCCCUGUCCCGCAGUCGGUUGGAAUAACACCUCGCUUCACUCUAGCUGGGGCAGUCCACGCAACACUACGUCUGAGACUACAGCACUCACCCACUCCCUGCUCAGUGAGGACAGCACGGCUGGGAAGCCUCAGAAGGUGGGCUGGUCUGGGUGUCUCCUCAGCAGUCAUGGGGAGGUCAGGAGCGCUCUGGGUUUGGUUGCUUGGGACGAGCAUGCAGUUGUUACUUCCCCUCGUCCUCUGUGUCACCUGCAUCCAUGGUCUUUUUCCACCACAGCCACGGGUCUUCCUGUCAUUUCAAGAAUUACAGAAAAUCCAGUCCUUUGAGCACUACACUUUGUCUGAGAAAGCUAUGGACUAUAGGAUACUCUUCAUGGACGAAGAUCAAGACCGUAUGUACGUGGGCUGCAAAGACCAUGUACAACAUGUCUGUGUUUGCAUUACAGAAUUACAGAAAAUCCAGUCCUUUGAGCACUACACUUUGUCUGAGAAAGCUAUGGACUAUAGGAUACUCUUCAUGGACGAAGAUCAAGACCGUAUGUACGUGGGCUGCAAAGACCAUGUACUCUCAAUGGACAUCAACAACAUCAGCCAGACCCCACUGAAGAUCUUCUGGCCGGCAUCCACUAGUAAGAUCGAGGAGUGUCAGAUGGCUGGCAAAGACCCCACACAUGGAUGUGGAAACUUCUUACGAGUGAUUCAGCCUUAUAACAGGACUCAUCUGUUCAUCUGCGGCAGUGGAGCCUACAGCCCAGUGUGUGCAUAUGUUAACCGUGGAAGGCGUCCUGAGGAGCAAGUCUUCCAAAUCUCUUCCCGAGCAGAAUCAGGGAAAGGAAGAUGCUCGUUUAACCCACAAGUCAACACCAUCUCAGUCAUGCUCAAUCAGGAGCUGUUCUCUGGCAUGUACAUUGACUUCAUGGGGACAGACGCGGCAAUCUUCAGGAGCCUGACCACAAGGAACGCAGUGAGGACGGACCAACAUAACUCCAAAUGGCUGAGCGAGCCAGUGUUCAUCGAUGCACACUUGAUUCCUGAUGGCUCAGACCCAAACGACGCCAAACUUUACUUCUUCCUGCGUGAGAGACUGACAGACAGUAGUGGAAACACUAAGAACAUCCACGCUAUGGUGGCUCGAGUCUGCCCUAAUGACACUGGUGGUCAACGCAGUCUGGUGAACAAGUGGACCACAUUUCUGAAGGCUCGGCUGGUAUGUUCGGUUCUAGAGGAGGACGGUACAGAGACCCACUUUGAUGAGCUCGAGAAUGUGUUUUUAUUGGAGACAGACCACCCAAAGGGCCUCCUCAUCUUUGGAGUUUUCACCUCUACAAGUUCUGUGUUCAGAGGUUCUGCUGUCUGUGUGUACAACAUGGCCGACAUCCUGACGGUCUUCAACGGACCGUUUGCGCACAGGGAAGGACCCAACUUCCAGUGGGUGGCUUUCCAGGGCCGGAUCCCAUACCCACGACCGGGAACUUGUCCUGGUGGUGCAUUCACCCCUCAUAUCCAGAGUACUAAAGAGUUUCCAGAUGAUGUGGUGACGUUCGUGAGGAAUCACCCCGUCAUGUUUAACCCCAUCUACCCGGUCGGCAGGAAACCUCUGGUGGUGCGGACACAUGCCGAUUACAAAUACACCUCUAUAGCUGUGGACCAGGUCACUGCUGCGGACGGACACUACCAGGUUCUAUUCCUGGGCACAGAUAAAGGCACGGUACAGAAGGUCGUGGUUCUGCCGUCAAACGGCUCUCUGGAUGAGGAUCUAAUCCUGGAGGAGCUGGAAGUGUUUAAGAAGCAAUCUCCUAUCACCAACCUAAGAAUCUCAUCUAAAAAGCAACAGCUGUAUGUUAGCUCUGAGCACGGCGUUUCCCAGGUGUCUUUGCACCGCUGCAUGGCAUACGGCUCUGCCUGUGCGGAUUGCUGUUUAGCGCGGGACCCGUACUGCGCCUGGGAUGGGCUCAGCUGUUCUCGAUUCUACCCCACUGGCAAGAGGAGAAGCAGAAGGCAGGAUAUUAUGCAUGGGAAUCCACUGACUCAGUGCAGAGGGUUCAAUCUAAAAGCCUACAGGAAUGCAGUGGAGAUGACUCAGUAUGGAGUCAAAAACAACACCACCUUCCUGGAGUGUCAGCCCAAAUCUCCACAGGCCUCAGUUAAAUGGCUCAUUCAGAGAGACAACGAUCGCAGGAAAUGUAGUGUUGUAUGA